AGGCUCGUUCGCCUUGCCAUUCCCGUUCGUUAUCUGGCCCGGUAGUGCUCUGCUGCGACCGUCUUCGCUGGGGAUUAGCGGCGGCAGCUCGGAAACCCUAGCCGCUGGGCUCGCCUGCGGCGAUGGCGGCGACUGCGUUCCGGUCGGCGGCGAGGAGGGACGCGUUCGGGGCCGCGGAGGGCGACGGCGGCGGCGGGCCCGCAGCGCGCGGCCGGACGCCGGACGGCGCGGGCGGCGGGGGCAGCCUCCGCCGGUCGAGGAGCCUGAGCCGGUUCCCGCCGCCGUCGCCGUCCCCGGAGGACGCGCCGACGCCCUCCUCGAGGUUCGUGACCAAGGUGCGGGGCGGAGGGCCGUCGGGCGGCUUUCCGGAGAUCAGCCUCGACGACCUGGCCGACGAGUUCUUCCGGGCCAGGGUGGAGUCCGAGGACGACGACGAGGAGGUGGUGGUGCAGCGCGGGGAGGACGACUCGCGCGGGCGGCUCAGGUUCCCGGCGCCCGCGGAGAAGGGCCGCGGCGGCCGGCGGAGCUCCACCGCGCGGUACGCCAGGGAGACGGCGUCGUCCAGGCAGCGCGAGCGCUCGGUGUCGCGGCCCCCGCCCGAGCGGCGGGGCGGAGCCGCGGCGGCUGAAAAUGGUGCCGCCGCCGCCAGGAGGCAGAGAUAUGCCUCGGUGGACCGGCGUGCCUCCAUUGGCCGGCAACGGUAUGCCUCGGUGGACCGCCGUGCCUCCACGGACCGGCAGCGGUGGUGUGAAUCGGAUAAUGAUAUGGACUUUUCUCGCCGGUCUGGUUCUAGGGGGACAAAUACUAAAUGUAGCAGUGGCCAUAGUCUGCAGAAUUCACUUAAUAAAUCUAAAGUGAAUCAAACUCUGACAAGGUCUACAAGUCAAAAUGAUUUUGUACAUUUACGAGACAGCGGCUCGAGCCAUUCUUCGUUAACUGAUGAUGAAUCUAGGAAUGCUCAUUCUUUUCAUAGCAGAAGUCACAGUGGAAAUCGGGCUGUUUAUUCCCAGGAGAAGCCAAUUGAAGAUAAUGAUUCAAAUGUGCUGUAUGAUGUGAUGCGUAAAGAAGUGAGGCAAGCUGUUGAAGAAAUCAGAACUCAGCUUGAAAAGGCCGUGACAAACUCUGAACCUUCAGAAAAGGCUAGAAGUGAUGAUGCGCAACCAACCCAGGUUAUUGGUGAACUCCGUAGGAACUACACUAGCAAGUUGGAAGAGUCAGAGAAGAGGAAGCAGGAAUUACUAGCUCAAUUGGCGGCAGAAGAACAACGUGGUCAUGAACUCACAAAAAUAGUUAAAGAAUUACUGCCUACUACUAAGAAGAAUGUUAAACCGGAGAGGCCGCCACCACGCAGAAGAAGGAGCAAUGAUAGAGCAAGGAUGUCGAAAUGCCUUACCAAAGAGGCCGAGCUAUACUUUGAAGAUUUCCUGUCAAAUGUUGAAGAUACUGAUUUUUCAUCGUUUGAUGGUGAAAGAAGUGACACGAGUUCAACUAGACGAGAUGUGGUACUUCGUGCUAUGGCGGAAACUCAUGUAGUCCUUCCAAAAGUUGCACCACCUGUUGUGUCAGACGGUGUUGUCCUUCCCUGGUUGCAAUGGGAAACUAGCAACGAUCUACAUGCCUCCCCAACCACAAUCAAGACACAGGACGCAAGCACUGCAUGCAGCACCAGCAGUCACACCAUGAGCAGCCGUGGGAGCUGGAGCCCUGGAGACCAUGAUAGCUCAGCUGGCUCCAAAGAUGGACUACUCUCCAGGUUCGAUGAGGCCGCGACUCGCCUAAGCAGCUGCCCCGAUAAUAAGCGAGGCACAUCGUUCCAUAUGGACGACUAUCUGCAUCUGUGGAGGAGCGAGGAUUUCCUCUUCGAGCGAUUGAGUCAGAAGCAAAGAAUCGACUAUGGCGGUCUAACCGUAUGCAGGAGGUCGACAAUAAUGUAGAUUAUUAUGGCAUAGGAUUCUCCUGCUGGGUUCAGGCGGCGAACAUAUGUAGUGUGCCCAAUUGAUUAAUUGAUUGAUUGGGUUAAGUUAGGCUAAUAAGUGUGUAGAUUUAGGGCCUGUUUAGUUGGGAGCUAACUUUGGCAUAGUUGUGCUUUUUCUUUCAGAAAUUGAACACCCUUCGGCUUGGUUAAUACUCCCUCCUUUCCUAAAUGUAAGUCUUUGUAGAGAUUCCACUAUAAAUCACAUAUGGAUGUAUAUAGAUGCAUUUUAAGUUUAGAUUCAUUCAUUUUGUUCCGUAUGUAGUCCACGUAGUGGAAUCUCUACAAAGACUUAUAUUUAGGAACGGAGGAAGUAGAACCCUGUCACAGCUUUUGAGUGAAAGAUGCAUGAGGCAUGGUUGUAAAAAAGGAAAUAUCUUGCCUAAUGUAUGGCUGGAACCAAACAUUCACCUAAGUUGGUCAAAUUUGUUUACUUGUGUU